UUGAAAGUGUAUAACAAUGUAGUCGAGAUGAAUUUUUUUUGGUGUAAAAUGAAACAAAAAACAAAAAGCGAAAAUUUUGCGUACCUUAUAUUUAACGCUAUCAUUUUUUUUUUUUAAUCCGACUGUAACGUGUGUGAAAAAGAACUGUUCUGCAGGACAGUUUUAAAACGUAGGUGAAAUCAUGGUCAAGGCAGACCGUUCUCGAAGGGAGAUCCCCAUAGUAUUGGUGUGUCUUGGUGCGCUGUUAUGUGGGAACAUUGUGUUCUACCUGUAUGUUGAUUCUUUGUAUCAAAGAAGUCACCAGCAGGAACACUUUCACCACAUGUGCCCUCAUGGUCACUUCAAAAUGGGAACCAUGAAGAACUGCACCCCCUGGCUGCAGUGUGACGCUGUAAGAAAGGAAGUUAGGAAACUGAAGGUGAUUGGCCAAGGGGCUGUCAAGCAGGUCUUUCUUUCCGAGUGGAAGGGCCACAAGGUUGCUCUUUCAAAGCUUACUGGUCAUGAUUUUCAGGAGGACUUUCUGCAUGGACUGGAGAUGCUUAAAGCACUGCAGAGCAAAUACGUAGUCACCCUAGUAGGGUUCUGUGUGGAAGAUAAUGCAGUUGUUACAGAGUACCAACCGCUGGGCUCGCUAAUGAAUCUCAAUGCAGUGUUAAACCUUGUGAAGUACCAAAGCCUGAACACUUGGCAUAACCGAUUCCGCCUGGCCAUGGAGUAUGUGGCCAUCGUUAACUUUCUCCACAGCAGCCCGCUGGGCACUCGUGUAAUGUGCGACUCAAAUGACCUUGGCAAGACCUUGUCUCAGUAUUUGUUAACCAACGACUUCCAUCUUGUGGCAAAUGACUUGGACGCCCUCCCUCUAGUUGACAGAAAUGCCAACUUGCUAAUAAAAUGUGGCCAUCGGGAACUGCUGGGAGAAUUUGUGGCACCUGAGCAGCUGUGGCCUCAUGCUAAGGAAAUGCCGUUUACAGACACACUGAUGCCUGCCUACGAUGAGAAAACAGACAUAUGGAAAAUCCCAAGUGUAGUUGACUUCCUACUGGGGCAAGUAGAAGGGAGCGAUGUUGUCCGCUUUCACCUGUUCGAUAUUCACAGAGAAUGUAAAAAGAAAAAUUCAGUGGAAAGGCCUUCGGUUCAGACUGUUUUAAACGUGUACAAAACUGUGUAUGCAACCUUGAUAAAAGAGAAUACUACACCUGGCACAAGAGACAUGUUGUGAUCACACUGCCAUUUUAUGAAGAUGUGAAAACAAACAUUCCAUUCUAAAAAAAUGAUUCAGUCCUGUACUGGGAGUGAGAAUCCUGUGUAUCUGAGCCUUUGUGAUUUUGCAGUUGAAAUUCAUGACAAUGCAGCUAGGAUAGGCUGUAAAGCAAGGGGAAGCUUUGGAAAUGCUUAAGAUGUAGUAAAUAAGCUCCUAUGUUAUUGUUCAGAAUAUUAUCAUAGAAAAUAUCACAAAUAAUAAACAACAGUUAAGUUUUUA